UCAUAACAAACAUUCAGAGGUUAUAUCAUUGAUAUUUGGUUAUGGUACAAUUAAAUAAGAUACUUUAUUGGGUAAAUAAUGUCCUAUUUAAUACGAAGAUUAUGCAAAAGAACAAUUCUACAGUUAAUGAAAGAUAACAUUUCUUUCCAACAGUUACCAGAAAUAACAACUUCCCAAUAUCCCAACAUUCACUUCACUAGAUAUAAAAGUAAAGGAAGCAAAAAUAAAAUCCCACAACGGGUAUCCGAAAGUGAAACUAGCGAUGAAAUUAAAGACGAAGAUAUUUUCAACGAUAUCAAAGAUAAACAUACCAAAACAAUGUUAGUACACGUCCCCUCAAUGCGAGUCGAUACUUUAUUGAAAGCGGGACUCGGUAUUUCUCGAAAUAAACUAGAAGUGAUGUUCUACGAAAGUAAAAUACGGGUGAAUGGCGAAAAGAUUCCCAAGAAAAGUAUCGGUGUAGGCGAAGGAGACGAAAUUGAUGUGAUUAAAGGUGAAAAUAAUAAUAACCCCGAUUUGUUAACCGUCGCUAGAAUCGAAAUAUUAUCCGCAAAAGGUGAAGAAGAAAGCAUCAGUGUGAAAAUUAGAAGGUGCAAAUCACUUACAAUUGAAAACUAUGAAGGACAUAAUAAAUGGUCAACUUCUCAAGAAUAAAUAUUUGUAAUUUAUAACAAUCUAAUUUUAAUUAAAAUUUCGAUUUCGA